GUUUAUUUUGUCAACAUGGAUUCCGAUCAGCUUGAGAAAGCCGACACUGGCUCUCUAAGUAGUGUACUGAAAACAGAACUCUACAAUGGAUUCUCUACUGAAGUUCAGUCAAAUAUCCAGCACCUUGCUCGUCGUUUCAGCCGUACAAGUGGCAAUGACAAGGAUCUUGGUCUCACCAGAACUUUAACUUCCAUGCUGGAUGCUCCAGGAAUUAGUACAUUUGGUAUAUCAGAGGGGGAAAUAGACCCUCGUUUAGACCCUAACAGUGACUCAUUUGACUCCAAGUUGUGGGUAAAAAACAUGAGAAAGUUGAUUGAAACUGAUGAAGAUUAUUACAAGCCUUCGCUGUUGGGAGUGGCUUUUAAGGAUUUAAGAUGUUAUGGGUCGGCAACAGACAUGGAUUAUCAAAGUAACUUUCUUAAUGGGUUGAUGAAAAUAUGCACUCAAACCAUAAGGAAGAUUAAUUCUGAUGACCUGAAGAACAUGUUUGAUAUUUUGAAGCCCAUGGAAGGUUUGAUUCGUCCUGGUGAAUUGACGGUUGUGUUGGGACGUCCGGGUGCUGGAUGUUCCACAUUCUUAAAGACGGUGGCGGUACAAACUUAUGGGUUUAAGAUUGCCAAAGAAUCCCUCAUUAGUUAUGAUGGGAUUCUGCCAAAGGAAAUGGAUAAACAUUAUGCGGGAGAAAUUGUUUACUGUUCUGAGACCGAAAACCAUUUCCCGCUCUUGACAGUUGGUGAAACCUUGAAGUUCGCUUCUACUAUGAGAACACCUCAAAACAGACCUUUGGGUGUAACCCGUGAACAGUACGCUGAACAUAUGGCUGAUAUGGUCAUGGCCACCUAUGGGUUGUUACAUACCAAAAACUCUCAUGUUGGUAAUGAUUUUAUUCGGGGAGUCUCUGGUGGUGAAAGAAAGCGUGUUUCCAUUGCAGAAGCUGCUUUGUCCCAGAGUAAAGUUCAAUGUUGGGAUAAUUCCACCAGAGGAUUAGAUUCCGCUACUGCCUUGGAAUUUGUUAGAGCUCUUCAGACUUCAGCCAAAAUUCAAAAGAUUACUCCUUUAAUUGCUAUCUAUCAGUGUUCUCAAGAUGCUUACGAUUGUUUUGAUAAGGUGCUUUUGUUGUAUGAAGGUUAUGAAAUCUACUUUGGAAGUGCUCGUACUGCCAAACAGUAUUUCCUUGAUAUGGGAUUCGAAUGUCCUGCUCGUCAGACUACUGCUGAUUAUUUGACGUCCAUCACUAGUCCUGCGGAAAGAGUCACCAUGUCAGGCUUUGAAGGAAAGGUUCCUGUGACGCCAAAGGAAUUUUAUGAUUACUGGCGUGCCUCUCCCCAAAGAGCCGAUUUGCUUACUGAGAUCGAUCAGUACUUAAUAGAAAAGAAAGACCACAAAAGUGAAUUCCAAGCAAUGCAUCGUGCCAGACAGGCCAAGUCAGCCAGACCUGGUUCUCCAUACACAGUCUCGUAUGGUAUGCAAGUGAAAUACAUUUUCCAUAGAAAUUACUUGCGGUUUGUUGGUAAUCCUUCCAUUAGUAUUUUCCAAGUUGUAGGUAAUGUUAUCAUGUCCUUGAUUAUUUCAUCGGUUUUUUACAAUUUACCAGCUGUAACUUCGUCAUUUUACUACAGAACUGCAAUUCUUUUUUUUGCCACGUUGGUUAAUGCCUUUUCUUCCAUUUUGGAAGUCUUCAGUUUGUACGAGGCUAGACCUAUUGUGGAGAAACAUAAGACAUACGCUUUGUAUCACCCCUCAGCUGAUGCAUUUGCGUCUAUUCUUUUUGAACUUCCUGCCAAGCUUAUCUCGAGUGUUGCCUUCAACUUGGUGAUCUACUUUAUGUGUAAUUUGAAGAGACAACCCGGAGCUUUCUUCUUUUUCAUCUUGAUGGGGUUCAGUGCAACCUUAACCAUGUCUCAUAUUUUCAGAACUUUGGGUGCUGCCACUAAGACCUUAUCUCAAGCUAUGACUCCUGCAGGUGUCAUGUUGUUGAUUCUUGUUAUUUAUACUGGGUUUGUUAUUCCCUAUCCUAAUAUGCUUGGAUGGUCAAAGUGGAUAAAGUAUUUGGAUCCUAUUUCUUAUACUUUUGAAUCUUUGAUUGCUAAUGAGUUUCAUGGAAGAGAGUAUAAGUGUGAUGGUUAUACUCCAAGUGGCCCUGGAUACCCUACCAAUGGAACUUCCAUCGCUUGUAGUGUCGUUGGUGCUGAACUUGGUGCUAAAUAUGUUAACGGUGAUAGGUAUAUUUACGAAUCUUACCAAUAUGAGUGGGGUCAUGCCUGGAGAAAUUUCGGUAUCAACAUCAUUUUCCUUCUUUUCUUCUUAGGUUCUUACCUUGUUCUUUGUGAGUACAAUAAAGGUGCUAGACAAAAGGGUGAAAUAUUAUUGUUCCAAAGAAGUAAGUUGAGAAAAUUGAAGGCUGUUAACGAUAUUGAAUCUGGUGGCAGUGAAAAAAAUACUGCUUUUGAGGCUUCAAACAGCGAUGAAAGCUUGGAUGAAAAGUUCAUCGCCAAGAAUGAAAACAUUUUCCACUGGAGACAUUUGACUUACGAAAUCGAUAUCAAGAAAGAAACUAGAACCAUCUUGAAUGGAGUUGAUGGAUGGGUCAAACCUGGACAAGUAACUGCAUUGAUGGGUGCUUCAGGUGCUGGUAAGACUACAUUGUUAAAUGCUUUGAGUGAGAGAUUGACCGUAGGAAAGAUCACAAAUGGAACCAGAAUGGUGAAUGGUCACGAAUUAGAUUCUUCUUUCCAAAGAUCUAUCGGGUAUGUUCAACAACAAGAUUUACAUUUGGAAACUGCCACUGUCAAAGAAUCCUUGAGAUUUUCAGCUUACUUGAGACAACCUGAUUCUGUUUCAAAAGCAGAGAAGGAUAAUUAUGUGGAAUACAUCAUUAAGUUGUUGGAAAUGGAGAGUUACGCUGAUGCAGUUGUUGGUGUUGCUGGUGAAGGUUUGAAUGUUGAGCAAAGAAAGAGAUUAACUAUUGCUGUGGAGUUAGUUGCCAAGCCAAAGCUUUUGGUGUUCUUGGAUGAACCUACUUCUGGUUUAGAUUCUCAAACAGCUUGGUCCAUUUGUAAGUUGAUUAGAAAGUUGGCUGAUCACGGACAAGCUAUCUUAUGUACUAUUCACCAGCCUUCUGCUAUUUUAUUGAAAGAGUUUGAUAGGUUGUUGUUUUUACAGAAAGGUGGUCAAACUGUUUACUUCGGAGAUUUGGGUGAAGAGUGUAAAACCUUGAUUGACUACUUUGAAAAAUAUGGUGCUCACAAGUGUCCUCCUGAUGCAAACCCUGCAGAAUGGAUGUUAGAAAUUGUUGGAGCUGCUCCUGGAUCUCAUGCUAAUCAAGACUAUCACCAGGUAUGGAAAAACUCUACAGAAUACCUGGAUGUACAAAAUGAAUUGAACCAUAUGGAAACCGAAUUGUCUAAGUUGCCCAGAGACCAAUCGAAAGAUGAUCUCAACUCGUAUGCCACGGCAAUCUACAAACAGUAUUUUAUUGUUACUAAAAGGGUGUUCCAGCAAUACUGGAGAACCAACAAUUAUUUGUACUCCAAAUUCAUUAUGGUUAUUGCCACCUCACUCAUGAAUGGAUUCUCUUUUUUCAAAGCUGACAAGUCGUUGCAAGGAUUACAGAAUCAAAUGUUCUCCAUUUUUAUGAUGUUGACAAUUUUCCAAACCUUGGUUACCCAAUAUCUUCCAAUUUUUGUGAAACAAAGAGACCUAUACGAAGUGAGAGAGAGACCUGCUAAAACAUUCAGUUGGAUUGCAUUCUUUCUUGCCCAAAUCACUGCUGAAAUCCCAUGGGCAUUUGCUGCUGGAACUGUCACUUUUUUCUGCUGGUACUAUCCUAUCGGUUACUACAACAAUGCUGUUCCAACUGACAGUGUAAACCUGAGAGGAGCAUUGGCAUGGUGGCUUCUUUGCUUGUUCUACGUCUACUCUUCCAGUAUGGCCCAGCUUGUGAUUUCUUUCAAUGAAAUCGAAGAUAAUGCUGGUAACUUGGCUAACUUGAUGUUCUCCUUCUGUCUUAUGUUCUGUGGGGUUUUGGCUUCACUGAGCGCUAUGCCUGGAUUCUGGAUUUUCAUGUACAGGUGCAACCCAUUCACCUAUUUUGUGAGUGCCUUAUUAUCUACCGCUUUGGCGGAAUCUGAUGUCACAUGCUCAGACAAGGAGUUGACUACGUUCCUCCCACCAGAAGGAUCUACCUGUGCCGAGUAUAUGAAGGAUUACAUUGCUAGUAUUGGAGGAGGAUACUUAACUGAACCCUCUUCGACCACAGAGUGCAACUUUUGUAAAAUGUCCUCCACUGACCAGUUUUUAGCCGCAAUUGGUUCCAACUUUGAUAAAAGAUACAGAGAUAUGGGAAUUUUCAUUGCCUUUAUCAUUAUUGAUUACAUUUUGGCUCUUUUCUUAUACUGGCUUACUCGUGUGCCAAAAAAGUCCAGGCAAAGAAAAACAUAGACUGAUCGUCUGUAUAUAAUUAUAUCCCCAUUUAGGCCUUGCUAUGUUAAUUAAUAUCACAAAGAAUUUCACUGUUA